CUCUGAAGGCCCAAGAUGGCGGCGCCCGGCGGGGCGGGCGCGGUCCCGAUCCCGAUCGCGAUCCCGAUCCCGGGCCCCAUCCUGGUCCCGGAGCCGCCGCCGUUCCCGGCCUGGCUCGCAGCGCGGCUGGACGCGCUGGGGCUGGACCGCGCCGUGUACGGCGCCUACAUCGAGGGGCUGCUGCGGGAGGAGGAGAGCGACGAGGAGCGGCUGGAGGCGCUGCGGGCCGUCCUGGCCGCCUGCCUGGAAGAAGAUCUCUUGAACGAUGUGUGCAGGGAGGUUGUGGAGAGGUGGUCUGACUCCCAGGUCGUUGAUUCCAAAGAGGAGAAAGAAGAUGAGGUCCAGGCCAUUGCCAGCAUGAUGGAGAAGCAGGCCAGGAUAGUGGUGAAGCCCAAGGAGGUGUCCCAGGAGGAGAAGCAGAGGAAGGCUGCGCUCCUGGCCCAGUAUGCCAACGUGACCGACGAGGAGGAUGGUGGGGAUGAACAGGAUGGAUUGACGACAGCUGUAAAUAUUGGAUCAGAAAAAUCACUGUUCCGAAACACCAACGUGGAGGAUGUCCUGAAUGCCAGGAAGCUGGAGCGGGAGCUGCUGCGGGAUGAGUUCCAGAAGAAGAAAGAGCAGGAUAAACUGCAGCGGGAGAAGGACAAGCUGGCCAAGCAGGAGCGGAAGGAGAAGGAGAAGAAACGAACACAGAAAGGCGAGCGGAAGCGGUAGCUGGUGAUUUCCAGAUGGACUCUCAAAGGAUAAAAUUAAUUCUGAA